AUGAGCGCAUUUAAAUUCGACGAGUUUGUGGAAAGUCCUUCAUUAGAGGCUAUUGAGGAUUGUGACGUAAAGAAAGCCGACUGGGUUCAGUUAGCUCGACAUUUUGAAAUAACAAUUCGAGCAGCGUGGCGCAAGAGUGAAAUUAAGAAAGCGGUUAUUACUCAUUUAGUAUCAUCUGGCUUGCUUGAGGAUAACGCAUUGAUGUUGUGUGAUCCUGAAGAUAAGAGUUUACGGGUAAUGGAGAUUGAGUUGGAGAGAGAGAAGUUAAAAGACAGAGAAAGAGAGCGAAAUUUUCAGUUGCAAUUAAUGGAAAGGAAAAGGGAAUUGCAGAUGCAGGAGCAUGAUUUUGAUCUCUCGAAAGUAAUUAAGUUCGUCCCAAAUUUUGACGAGUCUGAUCCUGAGGAAUAUUUCGGACAGUUUGAGCACGUGGCAGCCACUCUGAAGUGGCCACGCGACUACUGGCCCAUACUUAUUCAGUCGAGUCUAAAAGGGAAGGGUCGUUCUGUCUAUCUCUCUCUGGCUGGAUCGCAUCAGUCCGAUUAUGACACCAUGAAGGAUGCGAUUCUUAAAGCGUAUCAGUUGAGUGCUGAGUUUUAUAGAAACCGAUUUCGGAAUUGUGUCAAAGAUAAUAACCAGUCAUUUGUAGAGUAUAUGCACAAGAUUUCUAAACUGCAAACUCGUUGGUUAUCUGCAAGCAAUGUUAGUGAUUAUGAAAGAUUAAAAGAACUUAUGCUGUUGGAACAAUUCAUAAGGGGAGUGUCGCCAGAAGUUCGCAUGUACCUGCUGGAGCGUGAAGUUAACACCGUUGAGAGAGCAGCUUUGUUAGCUGAGAAUUUUAAUCUGAUUUCUAAAAGUAAAGUAAAUAUAAAUAAAUACUCUCACCCCUCCGCUUUCGCUCCGUCUGUGGAUGGUAAGUCUGUUGGGCGGGAUAGCAUGAAUUCUGAUUUUGUGGCAAAGAGAAGUAGCUAUGGUAAAGGUACGGGUUCAGGAUGGUCGUCUGGAUGUUUUUACUGUAAGAAAAUCGACCAUAUUAAGGCAAAUUGUCCCAAGUUAGUGAGGAAGGGACAAGUUUCAGAGCCUAAACCUGUAGCUAAUUAUACCUUUGUACCAACAGACAAUGUCCAGGAUCUGCCGCAGCGUCCCUCGGUUGAUGAUCAUGAUUCAUUUCAUCCUUUCAUCUUUUCUGGUUCCGUGGCCUUAGAUGAAGCUGGUUCUUCUGUCCCUGUGUCUGUAUUUCGUGAUACUGGUGCUUCACACAGUGUCAUUUUGAAGGAGGCAGUUCCUUUUGUGGAAAAGGCAUACACUGGGAAAUUCGUAGUAGUGGAAGGUUUUGGAGGGUGUGUUACAGUGCCCCUAUGUAAGUUGUAUCUAAGGACGGAUUUGGUGAGUGGAUCUGUUGUAGUUGGUGUUCAUGACUCAUUGCCUAUUAAGGGUGUAUCGUUUCUAAUGGGGAAUGAUAUUGCGGGGAUUCGAGUUCUGCCUGAUCCUGUUGUUUGUCCAUCCCCAGUUGCUUAUGAUCCUGCUGUAGAUGUUGCAAGAAAUAAUCCAGGACUUUUUCCAGCAUGUGCUGUAACGAGAAGCCAGGCGAAGAAGUUACCAAGGCUUUCUGCUGGAGAUGUUAGGCAGGAUGAUCUUAGUCUGGAUUGUCUAUUUGGUGGUGGUGAAGCUGCUGUUGAGGUAAAUGGUGGUGAAGCUUCUGUUGAGGUAAAUGGUGAUGAGGCUGUUGAGGUAAAUAGUAUUGAAGUUUCUACUGAGAAAAUUGAUGAUAUUGGGGAAGUAGUUAACAUUGAUGAGAUUCCUAUAACAAGCAGGAUGUUAAUUGAAGCUCAGAAAUCUGACGAAUCCCUAAUGCCACUACGUAAUGCAGCCAUGUCAAAAUCAGAAAUUCAGUCACUGUCAUCUGGGUAUUAUCUAAAUACUGGGAUAUUGAUGAGGAAAUAUAGACCCCCUGAAGUACCAGCAACCGAUUCGUGGAAUGAAGUUUUUCAAGUGGUGGUACCAACUUGCUAUCGAUCUAAAGUUAUUGGUUUGGCUCACGACUUAGGUGGAGGCCACUUGGGUAUCAAGAAGACACUUGAUAAGGUCAUCAGAUAUUUCUACUGGCCAGGUGUUAAGUCAGAUGUAACGAGAUACUGCAGAACUUGUGACAUAUGUCAAAGGGUUGGUAAACCUAACCAAGUUAUUCCACCUGCACCUCUUAAGCCUAUUCCUGCAUUUGAGGAACCGUUUUCAAGGGUAAUCAUUGAUUGUGUUGGACCUCUUCCUAAAACAAAGAGCGGAAAUAGGUUUUUGCUUACUCUCAUGUGUGCUAGUACUAGAUAUCCUGAAGCAAUUCCUUUAAAACGAGCUACAUCUCGUACUAUUGUCCCAGUCUUGAUCAAUUUUUUUACACAAUAUGGUAUGCCACGUGUAUUACAGUCAGAUCAGGGAAGCAAUUUUUGGUCAGUAAUGUUUCAGGAAGUAAUGAAAUUAUUACACAUUAAGCAGUAUAGUGCCACAGCUUAUCGGCCACAGACGCAAGGUGCCCUUGAAAGGUACCAUCAGACACUUAAGAGUAUGCUCACGAAGUAUUGUCAGGAAACAGGUAAUGAAUGGGAUCUAGGAGUGCCUUUAAUGCUGUAUGCUAUAAGAUGUACUAAGCAGGAGAGCCUAGGGUUUUCACCAUAUGAAUUGCUUUUUGGGAGAGACAUCCGCGGACCCAUGAAAUUGUUGUAUGAAAGCUGGAUAGGUAUGGAAAAUUCAGUGUGUCUAAGUGAUUAUGUGGAAAAAAUGAAAACCAGGUUGCAACAUCUUCAAAAAUUUGCUCAUGAGAAUCUAGAAAGUGCACAGUGGUCAAUGAAGGAAAUAUAUGACAGGAAGGCAGCUGAACGAGAAUUUGCUGUCGGGGAAAAAGUGCUACUGUUUUUACCUGUUAGAAAACAACCAUUAACUGCUAAAUAUCAGGGACCUUUCAAAGUACUGGAGAAAAUUAAUGACAUUAAUUAUAUAAUUGCUACUCCAGGUCGCAGGAAAAAGAAAAAGGUAGUUCACAUCAACCUCCUUAAGAAAUAUCAUUCGCGCAGACCAGAUGCUGUGACUGCUUUGUGUGUGAUCUCUGGUCCUGAGGAGCGGGGAGAUACUACUAUUUCAAAUGAGAUGGAAAGUGAAUUUGUUGUAGGCGAUGUUGGGUUCAAAUUGCAAAACAGUGACAUCUUGAAAAAUCCAGCCUCUAAAUUUUCUCAUUUACCCCACGAACAGCAACAAGAUAUCUUGUGUGUACUCCAGGAAUUUAGUGAUGUUCUUGGAGAUGUGCCACGACAGACGCAUCUGGUGACUCAUGACGUGAAGCUGGUAGACGGGGCUAUCCCUGUCAAACAAGCACCGUAUAGAAUGUCUCCUUAUAAGGAAAAAAUUAUGGAAGAGGAGGUAAGCUUUCUGCUCAAAAAUGGUCUUGCUGAACUUAGUGAGAGCGAGUGGGCAUCACCCUGUGCACUCGUGCCAAAAUCUAAGGGUUGGAGAAUGGUGACAGACUAUAGAAGGGUCAAUGAGCUCACAAAAGGGGAUUGUUAUCCUUUACCUAGAAUAUUGGAUAUAAUAGAUUCCAUUGGGGAGUCAAAGUUUAUUACUGUACUCGAUUUACUGAAGGGCUAUUAUCAGGUACCCUUGUCACCUGAAGCGAGGCAGAUAACAGCAUUUGUGACACCUAAUGGACUUUACAACUACUGUGUGCUUCCUUUUGGCUUAAAGAAUGCGCCUAGCUCAUUUCAGCGACUGACGGGUUCAAUAAUACGUGGACUCAAAGGGGUAAAGGUAUACAUUGAUGACCUUGUAGUUUACAGCAGUAAAUGGGAGGACCAUGUGGCAACAUUGCGAUCCCUCUUUGAACGUCUGCAAGAUGCUGGGCUCACUGUUAAUUUAGUCAAGAGUGAGUUUGCACAAGCUAAGGUGAGGUAUCUCGGCCACGAGGUUGGAGGAGGAGAGGUUGCUCCAGUUAAAGCCAAGGUAGAAGCUAUCAAUGAGUUACCUGUACCUAAGAAUAAAAGAGCAAUUCAAAGAUUCAUUGGUAUGGCUGGGUACUAUCGUAGAUUUUGCCCGAACUUUGCUGACGUAGCCAAACCCUUAACAGAUCUUUUGAGUCCAAAGCAAGAAUUUAAAUGGACGGUUGAAUGUCAGGAGUCUUUCAAGAAGUUAAAGAACUUUCUAACGUGUGAACCUGUGUUGAGGUCUCCAGAUUUUGAUAAACCUUUUACCCUCCAGGUAGAUGCUAGUGACGUGGCUGCAGGAUCAGUAUUGUUGCAGGCAGGGAAAGAUGGGGUUCUGCACCCGGUCUGCUACUCUUCCGCGAAGUUCAAGCCGCACCAAACGCACUACAGCACGGUCGAGAAGGAGGCUGCCGCUCUUCUCAUGGCUCUUGAAAAGUUCGAGGUGUAUUUGAGCUGCACGCCAUACGAGAUCGAAGUCUUUAGUGAUCACAACCCACUUCAGUUUGUGACGAAAAUGAAAAACAAAAACCAACGUCUUACCAGAUGGUACUUAGCGUUGCAACCUUACAAUCUAGUGAUAAAACAUAUCAAGGGUCGUAAUAACAUAAUAGCGGAUAGUCUCUCCAGACCAGUUCUGGGUAUGGGUAGUGACUGCGGAGCGGUGGUGAGACAAGUCUGCGAAAAAUACCACGUAAACAGUAAAGAACUUCCCAGCACUGUAUCCGUUUUCAAGACCAUCACAGAAUCGCACAGACUUCCCCUCCGUUUCCUCAGAAGCAAGGGAAUUAGCAUGGCUCGCGUUGAGUACAUAUAUCUACAUAACCUGCAAGAGACUUUACAAGGCACUUCCUCUGAUGUGCCUUUAGAAAUCGAAAGUAGCUUCCUGGCCCUUACUUAUACGCUAGAGUAUGAUGGUGAUGUUUUGUUACUUAGAAAUCCAGUUACAAAGUCUGGUCAGUAA